UUGAUACACUUAACCGGUCGUCAGGGGAUAAAAUGCCCACCCGUCCUACGCCGCUGUAGUGAAAUGAGAGUGGGCCAGGUAGGCUGCUGCCCGGUGUAGCGCCCGUGGUUCUCCGGUGCUGAAGAUUCUCCCGUCCGCCUGCACCAUCUGUAGCAAGGUGUCAUCGAUUCGCUGUCAGUUCAUUUCGUUCUCCAUCGUCUUCCAUCGCGAAUAGUUCAUGUUUUUCCUCUUUAGCUAGUCGCUUGCUAAACUAGUCACCAGCCAGAAUGGACAAGGAAGCCGAUAGCGCAGACCCUGCGUCGGCCGACUCCGGCCCCUCGCGGAAGCGCAGGGUGCACGGCAUGCUGAAGCUUUACUACGGACUCAACGAGGAAGGAAAGGCCGCGGACCAGCCGGAGUCUCUGGAUCCCUGCGAUAUCAACGGGCCGCACUUUGACCCUGAGAUGUAUCUGAACAAGCUCAGAAGAGAAUGUUCUCUCGGAGAGUUGAUGGACCAGGAGAGCUGCAUGGUCAAGCAGAUUCGCUCCCUGGACAGUGAUAUGCAGACACUGGUGUAUGAGAACUACAACAAGUUUAUAUCUGCUACAGACACUAUAAGGAAGAUGAAAAAUGAUUUCAAGAAGAUGGAAGAUGAAAUGGAUUGCCUCUCUGCUAACAUGGCGGCUAUCACAGAGUUCAGUGCUUGCAUUAGUGGCACUCUUCAAGACCAGCACACACAGAUAACAAAGCUCUCAGGUGUCCACACACUCCUGCGGAAGCUGCAGUUUCUCUUUGAACUGCCUGCAAGGCUGAAUAAGUGUCUAGAGCUGCAGGCCUAUGCCCAGGCAGUGUGUUCCUACCGCCGUGCUCGCUGCGUACUGCAGCAGUACAGCCACUUGCCCUCCUUCAAAGGCAUCCAGGAUGACUGCCAUGCCAUCAUGGACAAGCUGGCACAGGAGCUACGAAUGAAGUUCAGGGAUGGUGGGUCAAGUGCCAAAGAUUUAUCGGAGUGUGUGGAGUUACUGCUACAGUUAGAUGAACCAGCAGAGGAGCUCUGUGAUAAAUUUUUGAGCCAUGCCCGAUCCCGACUAGAGGCAGAUCUCCAUGGUCUGGAAGCAGAGAUAACACCGCAUCUGUCGGCAGUGACUGAUGGCUCCAGUGGUUCUGCUCGCAGGCUAUCUUCUUUGGCAGUCACUGGAUCGCCCACUGACAGUUCCCCCAAAAGCAGCGUUCUUCUCUCUCCCAGCUCAAAGACUGAUAUACUGGAAUUCAUUGACAGGGGUUGUAAUGAAUUUGUCAGCAGCUUAUGCUUGGUAAUUACCUCUUAUCAAGAACUUUUUGUGAAUCGCUCUCAGACUGGAGAGCUGGCAUCCAAAAAUAUCCCACAGAUGGCAAAUGGCAAACUGCAGGCCUUUGUUGAUGAUCUGGCAGCUCGGUAUUUCUCACUAGUCGAACGGCGGAUACAGGAGGAGAAAGGGGUGGGGGACAACUCUCUCCUUGUCCGGGCCUUAGACCGGUUCCACCGCAGGCUUCAAGCUGUGGCAAAAUUGCUGCCAGGUUCUUCUGUACCGAGCCAGGGGACGGAAAUAGUGAUGCGAGCAGCCAAUGAGCGAGUCAAGCAGUACCUGUCAGCCCUCCAGAGCUUCUACUUGGACAGCCUGACGGAUGUGAGACAGGCCCUGGCAGCUCCUCGGCUCACCGUGGCGAGUGCUUCAGGGAGUGCGACUGGGGCUCAUCAUGGGGGGCCAAGCUCCGGGAGAGACGCUCCCACCAGCCUUCCAGAGCUGCUCUACUCUCUGUCAACCUCUGUUGUCAAUCAGAUUAAGUCAGUGCUGGCAUCAGUGCACCUCUUCACAGCUAAGGACAUUACAUUCUCCAACAAGCCUUACUUCAAGGGUGAAUUCUGCAGCCAGGGUGUUCGUGAAAGUCUGGUGGUGAACUUUAUCAAGUUCGUGUGCCAGUCUUCUCGGCAGUUUUGUGAGAGUGCAGGGGACAAGGGAGGUUCAACGCCCCCAGCACUGCUAUUGCUGCUGUCCCGGCUCUGCCUGGACUAUGAAACGUCCACUAUCUCUUACAUUCUGACGCUCACAGAUGAACAGUUUCUUGUGCAGCACCACAGUCCUGUAACAGCAGUCACGACAUUAUGUGCGGAGGCGAGGGAAGCAGCCCAGAAACUUCUGAAUCAUUAUGUGAAGGUUCAGGGCCUUAUCAUUUCCCAGAUGCUGAGGAAGAGUGUGGAAACACGAGACUGGGUAAACACAAUCGAGCCUCGAAAUGUCCGGGCUGUGAUGAAACGAGUAGUGGAGGACACUACUUCAAUUGAUGUACAGGUGGGUCUGUUAUAUGAGGAAGGUGUGAGGAAAGCACACAGUAGUGACUCCAGCAAAAGGACAUUUUCUGUCUACAGUAGCUCCAGGCAGCAGCCCCGCUAUGCCGCUAGCUACACCCCAAGCGCCCCCAUGGAUACUAAUCUACUGAGCAACAUACACAAGCUUUUCUCUGAGAGAAUUGACAUUUUCAGCUCGGUGGAGUUCAACAAGGUCUCUGUGAUGACAGGGAUCAUAAAAAUCAGUUUGAAGACAUUCCUGGAGUGUGUUCGAUUACGCACCUUUGGUCGCUAUGGCCUGCAGCAGAUCCAGGUAGACUGCCAUUACUUGCAGAUGUACCUGUGGCGGUUUGUCUCAGAUGAGAACCUGGUGCAUUUCCUGCUGGAUGAGAUUGUGGGAAGCACUGCACAUCGUUGUUUGGAUCCUGCCCCGAUGGAACAGAGUGUGAUUGAAGUCAUCUGUGAGCGAGGUUAAACCUCAGGGUGGAAGCAAAGUCGGGUUCAUUUGAGACACUAUAUCACAUAACUAUGAAUAUUUGUGUAAUAGUUUACCAAAAACCCAAACCACAUGUAUAUCACAAUACAACGCCUUGUGUGUAGGGACACCAUGGGUUUUAAAGAUGCUGUCAUUCUUUGCUUUAAUGAUUGAUUUGUCUACAGACAUAGGAAACUGGACAGGAACUUACAUUUUACCUCUAUGCUGGGUAUCAUUGAUACUAUAGUGAAUUUCUAUCCACAGACAUGCUCAUGAAUAUUUACAACUUUUUUUUGCUCUGCACCAAGUGACGUGAGCAAAGGCUCAAACUACAUUAGCUUUACUGAAAAGUCCAAAACUUCAUUAACGAUACAUUCCUUUUGCUACGUCAUUUGAGCAUUUUUAAUUUAUUCAUCUGGCAUAAGACAGUACAGGAAGUAGUUCAGAUUAUUUGCAGCAACAACUCGCCUAAAGCUAGAGUCCUGCAGAAAAUGGUGAUCUUGACUUUUAUGUAAUCAAAUGAUACACUAGAACUUUCUCUUUGGCAAUGAUAGGGAGGCUGACAAAGAUUGGUAUCAUGCAAUAUUUGCUUGAACUUAUACAGUUUAGUGAGCAUUCUGUUGUAGUCGGUAGUUAUAAAUAAGUAACUUUAUGCAUGCUCAAUAAUCCAGGUAAGAAAAUCAUAGAAGAACUGAUUCCCUUUUCUGUGAUACAAACAACUAAAUGUACUCAUUCUGAGCGAUCAGGCUGUAACAUUGAUUCAGUUCCUUCUCCAGACAUCUGUAAUACAGGUGUAAAACAUACAGGAAGAAAAGCAACAGUUAGCUGAAGUCUAUCUGCUAUUGUAGACUUGUAAUACAGUUCACACACCGUUCUGUGUAAACAAGGCUUUGUUUUGGGGUAUCAUUUAGUGAAUAGCUAACUUAAUGUGCUGCUUCAUGUCAGCUGAUAAUGCGAACUAACACUUAAUGAAAGCAUUUUCUCUCUGGUGUAUAUUUGUUGCACAAAUUUAAACAUGGUAUGCGUAUAUUAAAGUAUAUGGAU